AUCAAAUCUAUAAAUUACAAUAUUUUAAAAGAAAGGUUUGAAAGUAUAUGUGAUAAAUGGCAACCAAACAUUCCAGUUAUAUAUGCCAUCACACCUACCUACAAAAGACCUGUACAAAAAGCAGAACUAACAAGAUUGUCUAACACUUUCCGUCUUGUAAAUAAUUUUCAUUGGAUUAUUGUUGAAGAUUCUGAAAUGAAAACAUCACUUGUAGCCAAUUUACUUCAUAAAAGUAAUUUAAACUAUACACACUUAGCCAUAGGAACGCCUGCUGAAUGGAAAAGAAAAUUAAAAGAACCUAAAUGGAAAAAACCUAGAGGAGUUAAACAAAGAAAYAAAGCAUUGGAAUGGUUAAGAAGUAACAGAGCUAAUAAAAACGAUGAAGGRAUAAUUUUUUUUGCUGAUGAUGAUAACACAUAUAGUGUUGAGUUAUUUAAUGAAAUGCGAACUGUAAAAGGUGUUGGUGUUUGGCCAGUUGGUCUUGUUGGUGGUCUUUUAGUUGAAAAACCAUUAAUAAACAGUAAAGGCAAAGUAAUUGGUUGGAAUAGUGCUUGGAGACCAGAACGACCAUUUCCUGUUGAUAUGGCAGGUUUUGCCAUUAAUUUAAAACUUUUACAUAAUCAUCCGAAUGCCGCGUUUUCAUGGGAUGUCAGUCGAGGUUUUCAGGAAAGUGCUAUACUUUCUCAGGUGACCACUGUAGAACAAUUGGAGCCUAUGGCAGAUAAUUGUACAAAAGUGUAUGUUUGGCAUACGAGGACUGAAGAACCAAUACUAAAAGCAGAAGAAAAACUUAAAAACCGUGGACUUCGAUCAGACWUGAAUAUUGAAGUUUAAUAUUCUCUAGUGAUGUUAAAACCGGGUGAUGCAUCAGAAAUUAUUUUAGUCUAUAAAAAUGACCUUAAAAGACUCACUGCUCAAUGGAGAAAGUAAAGGCCAACUUGUGUUUAUAUUUAUAUACAUUAUCAAAUUAAGCUAUGACGUWGAUUAAAAUGAUCUGUUAGUUAUUGCUGAUAAAAACCAUAUUAAAUAUUUAUUUAAAUCUAAACCUCCAAUUGUAAAUUUCUAACCA